AUGUUGACCAAGCAUGGCUUGACCUUGGUGUUGAAUGUAGGCCAGUUCCAGCCUGAUAAACCAAGGGAAAUACCCGAAAAUCUGACUGCUAAUACAAUCUCAGACCAGCCUGUUGCUAUCCCGCAUGAGGAUAGAGCUCUGUACGGCCUCCAGGAAGGCCAGGUGAAGAUGAUGGAGAAAUAUGGCGGAAAUUUUGUGGCACAUAUUGAAGUUUUCCACCAUCUUCAUUGUCUUGUAAGCACAAAGAUUUCCCUUGAUUAUUCUGAUUGGAUCAAGGCUGAUUAG